AUGUGCGACUUGAUGGAAUUCUACCCAUUUCAAGAGGAGUACAUGUUCUACCAGCUGGAGUUACUUGAUGCCAUGGAGGAAGUUUCAACCACUAGGGCACCCCGUGGGCUCCGGCUUUCCUCGCCGAUCGCUGUUGUGUUUAAGAUGGACAAGCCCGUGGACACUCCUGAGGGCACUCUGAGGGCACUCGUCGCCUCAUGA